AUUACCAACAUGUUCGUCAUUGAUUCAUUACCAGAAUGAUGUUGGUAUUAAUCUCUCAUGUGGAGUUCGGAGAGCUGUGUUUGGGAAUAUAACCUAUUACUAUGUACGUCCACAGUGUACAUCGUUUCAUUUGACUGCAUCUUUCGUGGAGGUUCUUUCAUUUUCCUUACGUCACCACCUAUGUAGGCAAUCCGUGGUCAUCGCUUAGUAUAGAACGGCGAAGGGCUCCGUAGUUAAUUCCGCGAUGAUUAUGGUGGGUGUGGUAUAGAUAUAUGGACGUAGUGACCUAUUUUCUCGUUAAUCUGUAUAAAGAGCACCUGACAAGAUUAACAUGGUUUUCGAAUCAAUUGUAGCAGACCUACUAAAUAGAUUUCUUGGAGAUUAUGUGGAAAAUUUAGAUCACUCUCAACUGAAAAUCGGUAUAUGGGGAGGUGAUGUGGUCCUCCAGGAUUUGGUUUUAAAGCAGAGUGCCUUGGACGAACUUGAUCUCCCAGUUAAAACAGUUUAUGGAACCCUAGGAAAAUUAGUGUUGAAAAUUCCUUGGAAGAACCUGUACAGCGCACCUGUAGAGGCAUCAGUGGAGGGUCUUUUCUUGCUGGUGGUUCCUAAUCAGGAGGUGAAGUAUGACCCUCUUAAAGAGGAGAAGUUGGCUCAGGAAAUUAAGAAAUCGGAACUCCAGAGGAUUGAAGAUGCCAAGAAACGGGAGAAGGAGAAAGAUAAACCUAAACCUGAUGACACAUUUGUGGAAAAGCUUGCAACACAAAUCAUCAAGAAUGUACAAGUGAAGAUUACUGACAUUCAUGUUCGAUACGAGGAUAAGGUGACAAAGCCGGAACAACCUUUCUCUCUGGGCAUUACCCUCCAUAAUCUCUCUGUGCACACAACAGAUGAGAAUUGGAAAGCAUGUAUUGUGCAAGAUGCAGCUACCAUGAUUUAUAAGGUGUUAACUCUGGAAGCGUUUUCUGUGUAUUGGAAUCCUCAGUCUAUAUUCUUCUCAGGUAAACCAUCUGAAGAAAUUAAGAAUUUGUUUAAACAAGGAAUAUGCACAAAAAUGGAGCAACCAAAAGGUUAUAAAUACACAUGGUCUCAGUGA